AUGUUUUUAUACUUUUAUUUCUAUUUCAAGCUUUAUACUAACAUCCAUUUCCAGGCUGACAAAAUCCACGAACAGCAAGAGUUCGAACAUCUCAAGUCAAAGCAUAUAGGACUGGGGAACAGCGACACUUCCAGAGAUGAAUGGAUCAGGAAUAUCCACAGAGACACGUAUUCCUCCCUAGCCGGACACAGUCCCUCAGUGGACUAUAUCAGCACGGCAUUGAACAAGCCUAAGGUACAGGUCAAGGCCGAUUUGAUAGAGAAGAUGAUUCAGCCAGUUGAGCCGCGUGGGAAGAGCUGA